AUGGCUGCUGAAAAUGCUAUUACAAUUGAUGCUAGCAACAACAAAGACGACGUCGUUGUGAAGGGUCAUCAAGAAGUGGAAAAUAGUAGCAUUGUCGAGAAUGAUGGGUGUGAGAAUGCACUCGAAAAGAUUAAUCCUUCGAUUCAUGGAUGUUUCAAUGGACAUCAAGAUUUUCUUGUAUUUGAGAAUGCAUCAUACGAGAAGAUUUUGGUUCUAAAUAAAGAACUUCAAAUAACUGAGAGGGACGAGUGGGCGUACCAAGAAAUGUUAACACACCUUCCUCUUUGCUCCAUCCCUAACCCUAAGAAGUUAUUGGUGAUUGGAGGAGGAGAUGGUGGAAUUUUACGUGAAGCAUCUCGGCAUCCUUCCUUGGAGCAAAUUGACAUAUGCGAGCUUGACCAGAUGACAGUAGAUGUUUAUGCAACUUAUUUCCCAGACAUAGCAAUUGGCUACAAGGAUCCCCAAGUGAAGUUACAUGUGGGAGAUGGAGUGGCCUUUCUAAAGUCUGUUCCUCAAGGAAGUUAUGAUGUUGUGAUAUUGGAUGCAUUUCAUGUCAUAGGGUAUGAUGCCAAUGAGCUAGUGGAGGAAGGGCUCUUAGAAACAGUGGCGAAGGCGCUACGCCCAGGAGGUGUGCUAUGUGCUGGUGCAGAAAGCUUCUGGAACCAAGAAUUUGACCUUGAAAGCAACAUCUCUAUGUGCCGCAAAAUUCUCAAAGGAUCUGUUAACUAUGCUUGGAGUAGUGUACCUUUCUACCAAAGUGGCGUCAUAGGAUACAUGCUUUGCUCCACUGAAGGGCCACCUGUUGACUUUUUGCACCCGGUCAACCCGUUAGACGAAAAGGAAAACUCUGGGAUAUCAAACCAGCCGUUGAAAUUUUAUAACUCAGAGAUGCAUGCUGCAGCAUUUCGCUUGCCUACAUUCGUGAAGAAAACUUCAACCAAUUUCAAGAAAAAAUGUUUUUAUUAG